AUGCUCAGCGUUGGUUAUUCGAUUCUCUAUAUCUCACAAUUUGUUAUUUUUCUGGCUGAUGCUUGCUUUUUGUACAUGAGCCCAGAUCCGAAAAAUACAAAAUUUGAAAACUGUCUGUUCAUGCUCUCAUUUUUUGUGUUUUCGGUUUUCUAUGGAUUGAUAUUCGCUCUGGUUCAACCUGAAAAUAGACGAGUUUUCGGUGCAUGCGGAAUUUUGGCGUCCAUCCAACUGGUCCUCACAACCAUCUUUUAUUUAUAUAUUCUUCUCUCCACUGACCUCAACGACACUCAACAAUUUUUAUACUACACCAAUCGUCUCGCACCAAUUUCCAUCAUUUAUAUGACGUUUUUGUCAGUGAUCUCGGUUUGGGUUAUGUGCAAGAUGAGCUUCUCCCGUCCAAAUACAAAAGUGAUCACUGAUUUGUACGAGAUUGAGGAGAAGAAUGAGAAGAAAGCCGUUUGA